GUAUCAUCAUCUUCCUAAGAAGAGGCUUUUGGGCACAAGAAAAUACCAUUUACUGCUUCAAAAUAGGACCAAGAGCAAAAACCCAUUUUAAACACAACAAUUAAUGUUGUAGUCUAUUUAAGACUUCCCAAGUCCUGAGGAAAUUGAAUCAGACUUGAUUAACACCCUUUCUAGAUUCAACUUAUGACACCUGCCUGCAACAGUAUAAAAAAUUUAAGCCCACUUGGUCAUAGGACAUCAUAUAUUUAUAGCCUAGAAUUCAGCAAGUCACAACCCCACCCCAUCAUCAAACUCGAGUUCAAACUUUGUUCUGUAGAAGGAUACAGAUACCAGAGUCGCACCAAAAGGCCUGAGUAGAAAAGAUGCAGAAGGCGGAGGAAACCGCUUUAAAUCCAUCAAAGGUAGCAAAAGAGACGAGAGAUGCCGAAGCUCAAACUCUACCUAAACCCAAGAGCAAACACAGGCGUAGAAACAUUUGUCUUGGGGUAACAGCGGCCGUCAUCGUCGUUUUCGUUCUAGUGGUGGUGAUCUUAGCUUUUACAGUGUUCAAAGCCAAAGAUCCUUCCACCACCAUCGACUCAAUCACUUUAGAUGGCCUGCGUUUCUCCUUAGACCCUUCCAGGAUGGGCGUCAAUCUGAAUAUGACCUUGGACGUGGAUCUCACCAUCACCAACCCAAACAAGGUGGGCUUCAAGUACAAAAACGGUUCUGCUUUGAUGUAUUACAAAAACGAACUUUUUGGGGAAGUUCCAAUUGCAGCCGGCAAGAUUAGCUCCGACGAUACCAAGCCCAUGAAUGUAACCGUCACGGUGAUGGCGGAUCGCUUGCUCAACAAUCCCCAGCUCUAUACAGAUGUUUCGUCGGGGGUCUUGAUUAUGAACGCAGUGAUCAAGAUUUCUGGUAAAGUUUUGAUUUUUAAUAUAUUUAAAGUGAGCGCGGACACCACUACAACCUGCGACGUCAGUGUCUUUCUUUCCAAUUCCACGAUUGGAGAACUGGACUGCAAGUAUAAGGCGAAGCUGUAGAACAAGCUUAUAUUAUUUGGAUAUUUUAAGAUUAUUAAUCAAUUAAAGUCUGGUUCAGAUUCUGCCAUUUAGCUUAACACCUGAUGCAUGUUGAUUACUGGUCGUGAGGGUAGAGAUUUUCUUGUUCAUGAGAUGAUUCUGUAUUAUUAGAGCAACAUAACACAUCAUUAUAUAAUCGAAAAACUUCCAUAUUAAAAUCAAUAAAAUUUAAUUAAUAAUAUUAAAAUAAUUUCUAUA